CUCACACGGCGCUAUUUUGACAGUCGGGGUCGCGGGUGAGCCGUCUCUCGCUAGCUGCUCCGUUUCAUUAGCAUCGGCACAACCUGAAGGAUCCUCCACGCGGACCAGGGACACACAGACGGAAACACGGUGAGCUGACCCUUUAAGGGCUCCUGACUGGAGGACAGACCAUGCUGCUGCACUGAGCCUGGAGGGAGAGAAAAGAGCGAGGCCUGAGAGGACCGCUGAGGUGGUGGCCGGCCCGUUGGUGUGCCCCUCCCCCUUAUCUGGCUGGCUAGCUGCUGCCUCUUCAGUUCACCUGAUCGCUCACCACCCUGAAGGCUAAGGCGUGCUAUGGACUGCGCUUUGCCCCCUGCUGCAGCCCACCACAGUACACUACCUUAGUGGGUUCCCUUCAUCUUCCUGUGUGUGGUUCCCAUCCAGACUCACUGUACAGAGUCUAGCAAAGAUCUGGUACCACCUACAGCCACUCCUGGGUUCUCCACCCAACCCCUCCCCCAUCUCCCACCCUCUCCCCCUCCCUUAAGAAGAUGUCAGUGAGCCUGACAACAGACAUCCAGCAGGAGGGAGAGAGUGGGCCGCUCAUUGAGCCCUGCAGUCGAGGCAAGGCCUCCCCUCAACCACAGUGCACCAAGGAAGGGACAGGAGAGGGCCUGGAGCCCGAGGACAGCUCCCCACAGGAUACACAGAAACGGGCUCCUAAUCACAGCCAUGGAAGGAAAAGGGCCAAGUCUAAUGCCAAACUGAAGCUGGUUCGGAGUCUGGCAGUGUGUGAGGAGUCCUCUGGUCCGUUCUCCAAUGAUGGACCUCCAGAAUCGGAGAUCAUCCAGCUUCACAUCAGCUGUCCGUCAGACAAGGAAGAGGAGAAGUCUUCAAAGGACGAGUAUGAAAAUGAGGAGAAGGAGAAGAAGGACAAGGCUCCGCGAAAGAUGUUGUCACGUGACUCCAGUCAGGAAUACACUGACUCCACGGGCAUCGACGUUCAUGAGUUUCUGGUCAACACACUGAAAAACAAUCCCAGGGAUCGAAUGAUGCUUCUCAAACUAGAACAAGAUAUCCUGGAGUUCAUUAAUGACGAUAAUAACCAGUACAAGAAGUUUCCACAGAUGACGUCUUAUCACCGUAUGCUGCUGCAUCGUGUGGCUGCCUACUUUGGCAUGGACCACAAUGUAGAUCAGACAGGCAAGGCUGUCAUCAUCAACAAGACGGGCAACACACGCAUCCCAGAACAAAGGUUCUCUGAACACAUCAAGGAUGAACGCAACAUGGACUUUCAGAAGAAAUUCAUCCUCAAGAGAGAUGAUGCCAGCAUGGACAAGGAUGACAAUCAGAUCCGUGUGCCGCUGCAGGAUGGCCGACGUAGCAAGUCCAUUGAAGAGCGAGAGGAAGAGUAUCAGCGGGUACGAGACCGGAUAUUUGCCCGAGAAGUGUCCUUUUUCUUACAGUCCUCUCAAAAUGGAUACAUCAACGACAACAGAGGGAACCGCGAGAGCUCCAGCCGGGCGUCUAGCAGUCGUCAAAGCAGCACAGACAGUGACAUGAAGUGCCUGGAGCCACGACCCUGGAGCAGCACCGACUCAGACAGCUCCAACCGCACCCUCCGGCCACCCGUCACUAAGGCUAGCAGCUUCUCUGGCAUCUCCAUCCUUACCAGAGGGGAUAGCCUCGGCAGCAACAAAGGCUCACAGGGAAGCUGCAAAGGCUCUCGCUCUGGCCUGCCUCUAGUCAGUCCUGAUGUGUGUCCCCCACCUGCAGCCUCCCAGUCAAGCCGUAGUCUUCUUCCCUGCCCAUCGCAACAGCCACAGCCCCAGGUUCCACCUCAGACUGCCCUGCUGCCCACUCCACAGCAACACCCCAUGGGAAACCACAUGAUUGCUCAGCCAGUGGCGUCUCUGCAGCCCUCUCAGCCUGUCUCCUACUCCAGCCCUUCCUGCCCCCAGGUUCUCCUGCCAGUUUCUCCUCCCCAGCAGUACACAAUGGGAGAAGAGCUGGCGCCCCAGUUCACCCAGAUGACGCUGAGUCGGCAGGGCUCCAGUGAGAACCCUGAGCCUCCACCCAUGUAUCAGGCUCCUCCCACAGUGCUGUCCCAGCACCCACCUCCUCAGACCAGCUACAUCAUGGCUACCACCGGUCAGCCUAUGCCGCCUCCGUCCGGUUACCAGCCUGCCACUGGACACCCCCAUCCUCCACCUCCACCGCCUCCUCCAUCCCAGCCUGUCAUGCAGGCCCCACCACCCCCACAAGGCUACAUGCAGCCCCCUCCACCUCAACAGAUACAGGUGUCCUACUAUCCUCCGGGUCAGUAUCCCAGCUCUGGCCAGCAGUACCGUGUCACCCAGCCCAUGUCCCACCAGGUGUCUUAUCCGGCCCAGCGCACACAACCCAUGCCUCAGCCCACACAGCAGUCAGGUCUCCAGACGAUGAUGCCCAGCCAGCAGCCGAGCUACCAGGGCAUGAUGGGUGUGCAGCAGCCCCAAAACACCGGUCUGCUCAACUCCCAGAGGGCAGGCAUGGGAGGACAAAUGCAAAGCAUAAUGGUUCAGUACCCGCAGAUGCCAUCAUAUCAGGUUCCAGUGGGAAAUGAAAAUCAGCAGGUGGUGCAGCAGCAGUACCAGCAGCAGGUGAUGGUGCCAGUCAGCCAGUCUGUCCAGGGGCCCAUGCCUGUCUACUACAGUGUUAUCACACCCACACAGCAGAAUAGCACAAGCCCGUCGGUCGGUUACCUGCAGCCCCCCAACUCUGAGCAGUACCAGAUCACACAGUCGCCGUCCCCUUGCAACCCUCAACAGUUGCAGCAGCAAUAUUCAGGAGUACCGCCUCCUGGGCCCGGGGUGAUGGUCAUGCAGCUCAGCGUCCCCAAUGGACCACAGCCUUCCCAGAACCCCCCUCUGGUCCAGUGGAACCCAUGCAAGUACUACAGCAUAGAGCAGAGGCCCAGCAAGCCAGGGGAGCUGUACAAACCGGACAACACUCCACAGGCCAGCACUCAGCUGACGAGUCCCCUGGCCUCCCCCACUCAGUCUCCCACCCCGUCUCCCUCCGGUAGCGUCAGCAGCGUCUGUCCAGGCCUGGGACCAUUACCCCUCAUUUCCCAGUUUCCUCGACCAGGAGGACCAGCUCAAGGUGACGGGCGCUACUCUCUGUUGGGGCAGCCGCUCCAGUACAGCCUGUGUCCUCCUCCCCUAAUGCAUGGCCAGUCCUCCUACAGCUCCCAUCAGGGCCAAGGAGUAAUGAAACACGGGGCACGUGGGAAAAAACAAACACUCAAAUCUGCAUCGACAGAUCUCGGCACGACUGAUGUUGUGGUGAGUCGAGUACUCGAGGUGACCGACCUGCCAGAGGGCAUUUCACGUCCGGAGGCCGAAAAGCUCUUCAACCAGCUGUCGAUGUGCGGCGCCAAGAUCCAGUGGCUGAAGGAGCCCCAGGGAGGCCGAGGAGGAGGCUGCGGUCCCUGUCAUGGCGCGGGGCCCGCCGGGCUCGUGGCCGGCAUGGGAGCGAAGGGCGACGGCAACGACCCGGCUCACCUCUACACAGUGGUGGCCGUGUUCCCCAGCACCAUGGCCGCCCAGAGCGCUUCCUUCAAACUUAACAACAGCGGGGCCAGCCUCUUCAAACUGAGGGCCGCCAAAAAGAACUAUGACCUGCGCGUGCUGGAGAGAGCCAGUUCUCAGUGAAAGGAAAAAGAGAAGG